UGUCACUGGCCGUGGCUGAGUGCUCGGGCUGGAGCCCACUCCCCAUUUCCCUGUGGUUGCAGGGGAUGAUUUCUGUGGUGUCCCAUGCUGCUGAGACCCACUUCAACCUGGUCUUGGACACAGUGACCGCUUUUACCAGAGACAGGUUUUAUGAGACUUCCACGGGCUGGAAGGCACAGCUGCCGCAGGGCACAGAGAGACCUCAGGCCACUCGUGCUGCUCUGAUGUGCGUGUACAGCGGCAUCGCUCUGCGUGCCCCCAGGGAGCAGCUGCUCGCCCGUGUGGAUAGGGAGAUCAUGGGCACCAUCCUGCAGCUCUCCAGAGUCACACAGAGGGAGAUGCAGCUCAAGCUCGCCCUGGUGCAGAGUGUCACUGAGGUCAGCUCUGCCAUCCAGACUGUGGGUGAUGCUGGCAGCUUUGAGCUGUCCUCGAAGCAGGAGGUGACACAGACCCUGCUGGACUGGAUCAAGGAGGAGCCUGCGGACUCCCUGGUGUACGGAGUGUUUCAGGCCCUGGAGGAGUUGAGCAAGCUGAGGCCAGCGCUGAGCAGGGAGGAGAACCGCAGCCUGCUGGCAGUGUGCUGCCAGGCUGUCCUGUCCUCUCCUUCCUUCCUCUUAAAUGGGGAAAACGUCUGUGAAGCUCCUGCUAGAACAGCUGCAGAGUGGUGAAGAAUGAAUGUGGGACAAAUCACGUUUGGAUGCUUCACUCCUGUCACUUUCAGUCACUAAAGGAGCCAAAUAACAUGCUUGUGAUUUAUAAACAUUAUUUUAAUGUUCAUGGCUUUUACAUGUUACACAUCCCAGGGUCUCAACUGCUGCAGUUCAUAUAACGUACGGUGAACAGGGAGGCGCUGAGUGUCCCAAAGCACGCCUCAAAUCUGUAGGAUACUCUUACCUGGAAACCUCAUUGGACAUUUACUCUUUGGUUUCUGAGUGUGUUCAACUAGGUAGUAGUUUAUUUUUAAUGCAUCGUAUUAAAUUUAUUUUAAACCACUUUUUUCUAAUCUGUAAAAUAUGCAAUGUGACUCAAUAUGUUUGAAUUGAAAUGAUUUGUCAGGUGACACGUAGUGGAAAUAAUCUUUAUUAUGACAGUGAUGUUUUUCUCAAGUAGUUUGCCAAGAAAAGUGAAUUUCUCAGAUUAAAUGGGUAGAAGUCAGCCAAUACCUUUUUCAAAGAAUGUGAGUUUGUCUCCACCUCUGUGACUAGUUGGAAGUAUUUGAGUAUACAUAAUGUAUACAUUAAAAACAAUUAAAGGCAUCGCUGAUGUUAUACUUGUUGUGUGUGGAUAUUUUUUCCUGUUGCUUCAUAGUGGUCCAGGCAAACUCAACAAAACACACCAGCAGAGUGUGAGUCAGUGCACCUGAAGCUGGAUCAUGUAGCCUUGAUCUUUAUCACAAGAGACGUGUGAUUCAAUCAAACUCAACGAA